UCUUUACCACAGUGAGCAAGAAUCAGAAGGAUCGUCCACGGUAACACGAGCCGGAAUUAUACUGGAAGCUCCUUCAUGUCGGCUUCAGAGAAUAGCAAACCAUUUGACCGAAAUUUUGCGUGAUAAUGUUGCCUUUGAGUCGGACAAAUAUUCUGACUGGUGGGUGUAUUGGCAGGAUCUGGUAUCCAGUGGGAGAAGCUGCAGUAUCUCUCGGGGGAGUACAAGUCGUAAGGUGGAGAAAACCACGAUGGUUGCCAACAGCAAAAAGCCGUCUCUUUACGGUCCCAAAACGUCCAGUCAUCCCAGCAGAAGAGACAAGGGAGAUACAGCGGCUGUUUAACAAUUACCGUACUAGUGUGCGGGCUGUGAGGCACCAUUUACUAGAAGAGUACUUAAGGACCAGUGCAACAUCAGAGGUUGCAUUACAACAGGUUGCAGAGGAGGAGGCUGAGCAUCAGCGCCUCAUGGAAUACAACCGCAUGGAAAAUGAAAGGAUUGCAGCUCUGAGAGAGAUUAGGAUAAAAAAAGAGCUGGAGGAUGACCUGGCCCGUGUUGCUGCAUCCAAACAGAAGCUUGCUGAGCAGGCAGCAAUAAGACAAGAAGAAGCUUUACGCAUUAUCACAGAGACUCAGGAGCUGGUGAAAACAUUUAUUAAUCGUGAAAAUUUGGAGAAGGCCAUUGAAAAUGCACUUGCAAACCCAGUGGAUUACAAUAGUGCCAUUGACCAAGAAGGUUACAUUUAUCGAGGCCGUAAUACAAAAGUGCAAGAUAUUCCAGAAGAAGAUCGAGAAAAGUUAGCAAGAGCAAGUCAAUAGAAGGUACAUUGAGCACCACAAUUAUGUUGUAAAGGACAGAAAAUGUAAAUAAUUAAAACUGAGGAAGAAUUGGAAAUAAUAAUCUGUAGCUUUAUAAUUAAA